GUACGUGGCAAUGAAGAGGCUCGUCGUCUCUGCCAUGCUUUUGAGAUCUUCAGGGUCUCACAAGUGACUGGCAGCUGCCACGGUUCAGAACAGUCUGGCUGUAGGUAGGACUAGUGAGCUGGCCUUUCGAGUUAGCAGUUUCGUGACAACGUCCUUGAUCCUGCGGUGCUUCUGGAUUUUCCCCUCCUUUCUUGAAUAUAUCUGCUCUGGUUACCAUAUGAUCAACUUCUGUUCUGCUACUGGCAUAUAUAACAGAUCUACACUGACGUUUCCCAUUCCGGACAAGGCUGUCAAGGCCUCCUCCACCAGUAUCCUUGGAUGGAAAUCCUGGCCCUUCAAGAGAAGGCUCAUAAUUCUUGGGCUAGGUCUUAUCGCCAUAUUUGCCCUUACUCUAGGUCUUGGAAUCGGUCUAGUUGUUGGAUCGGGCCAUGGCAGUGGAGACGAAAAUGAUAGUGAACCAUCACCACUACCACCCCCUCCUCCUUCAAGCGGAAACGAGACCGCACAGCCCAAUGCCACAGUGAAAUGGCAACCAAUGGUGGGCACAACCUGGCAGAUUGAAUUAGAGUAUCCGCUCAACGAUACUUCAUACAAUGCCUCCAUCUAUGACAUCGAUCUCUUCAACAACAAUGCGUCUAUUAUCGCCGAGCUACAUAGACUGGGCCGCAAAGUAAUCUGCUACUUCUCGGCGGGCAGCUACGAGAACUGGAGGCCGGAUAAGGACGAGUUUCAACAGUCUGAUCUUGGAAACACGUUGGAUGGAUGGCCAGACGAGAAAUGGGUCAAUAUCAGCUCGUCGGACGUGCGUCGUAUCAUGCUGAAUCGUCUAGAGCUUGCUGCCAGCAAGGGUUGUGAUGGAGUAGAUCCCGACAAUGUCGAUGGUUACGAUAACGACAACGGGCUAGGACUGACGGAGGUAGAUUCGGUGGACUAUGUGAAUUGGCUUGCUGAGGAGGCCCAUGCGAGAAAUAUGUCUGUUGGACUCAAGAAUGCGGGAGAUAUCAUCCCGUCUGUGUUGGGGAAUAUGCAAUGGAGCGUGAACGAGCAGUGUGUUGAGUUCGAUGAGUGUGUCAUUUAUUCUGCGUUUACGAGGGUGGGAAAGCCGGUAUUUCAUAUUGAGUAUCCUAAGGGCGAGGAUACGGAUAACAACCAGAGUGUCUCGGCGCAGAAGAAAUUGGAGUUCUGCGAUUACCCAGGAGUUGGGAACUUCUCGACGGUGCUUAAGAAUAUGGAUUUAGAUAAUUGGGUUGAGACUUGUUAA